AUGAGGGAAGAUCCUCAUGAUGGUGAGUGCGAAAAAGGGGGAACUGCCGUGAUGCAUGGCAAUGAACGAAGCAGUGAUGGUGUAACCAGGGUGAUGCCCCUUGAUCUGGCCGGCAACCACGGGGAAGAAGGUAACUGUGAAGAAGAAUGGGGACACCCUGGAAGGACUUUCGUAUACAUGGAACGGACAGAUGAGCCACCAGGUGCCUGCACAAAGCUCAUAUUAAAUUUUAAAAAACUAAAGUUAAGAAGCGAAAAAAAUUUUGCCGAAAUGGUACGUCAAAACCGUGCAACCAUAUUAGACGCCUUAAAGAAGGUAGAGGUGGGAAUAGCAGCAGCUACCAUUAAUAAUAUGGGGAUACCUUCCCGAAAGGAUAAUAACGUUGAAUUGGGAAAAUGUGAUAACCAGGAAGAGGCAAAAAAUCUAAUUGUGUGGGAAUUGGAUCUGUCCUGCAAUUACUUUGUACACCUCUCCAUUGACAAUCUUUUGUUCAUCCUUAUCCAGAAUGAAAUAAUUAGCAAGGGCAGUGUUUUAAAGGUGCAUAAUUUAAAAACAAUAAACAUACGAAAAAAUCUUUUAAUUGUUUUUCCCUACUGGGGGAAACACAAAUUGGAGAAUCUCCUUCAUUUGUGUUUAUCUCACAAUGAGAUUUGUGAACUGGAACCCAUGGAUGGAUCGCCUACGCCUGCUAAAAUGGAGACACCUCCAGCAUGCGAAAAUAAUGUGGAGAGAGAUCCCCUCUUCGUAGCCGAAACGAAGGGAGAACCCCCUGGUGAAGAAGGGGCACUAAACUGGCAAGCACCCAAUUUGACUCACCUUUAUUUACAAAACAACAAAAUUACGUCACUCCAUUUUGUUAAGUACCUACUCAAUGGGCACAAAAAUAUUUCCCACAUAAAUAUCAGUUUUAAUAGAAUAAAGUCGUUAAGUGACUUUCCCUUUCUGGCAAAUUUGAAGCAGUUCGAUUUAUCCUUUAACACGGAAUUGUCAUGCCUCCGUGGUGGCAAAGAAGUUGAGGGCAAAAGGGUGGAUAACCUUCUCAGUGCGUAUGAUCACGAAGGGGAAGGUGAACAAAACGACCACGAGGGAAGCUAUUUUUUUAACAUGCCCUCAGGUGGGGAUAAAAAGUUGAGGCAUCACAACAUUUUUGUUACGUUAAAGCAUUUUUUCCCCAAUUUGGAAAACCUUAAUUUGAAGCACACACCAUUAUUUAACAUUUAG